UUAUUGUCCGUAGCAAGCCAUCGGUAUCUUUGUCGCUUAUUUUCCACACUCUUUGUCAGGACAGAGCUCAAAGAUCUUCCUACAUGGAUUCUCUCGACUUGCCUCAAGCUUCAUCAUUCAAGGGAGGAAGUGAAAAUUUUCUCCGGGAUGUGCUUGAAGGUAUACUGAAAACAUAUUUGAGGAAGAAUCCGAUGGCAAAUACGGUAUGGGAACUAGUUCAGUCAGUGGACAACGAAAAGAUCUCCUACGACCACUUCUUCUUCAGGACAAUCAAGGUCGAUGGUUAUGGAAUAGAUUCUCUGUCGAGCUUUCUCAUGGAUUAUGGAUAUCAAGUUGGAGGCAGACUUGAUUUUCCAAAGAAGCAUGUACACGUUCUCUGGCUUUCUCCUCCGGAUAUUAACGUCCCUGUUGAAGGAUGCGGUCUAGGCAACGGCCCCUUGCCACGAAUUGUUAUAGCUGAGCUUCUUGUGGACGAACUAAGCCAAGAAUCACAGGAGAUAAUAAGGAAGUAUUUGAAACCAGAAGGUGGUAAGCAAGCCAUUCUUUCAAGUACGUUGGGGUCUUUAAUUUGGGAGAAGCCAACAUCAGCCGACUUUAAUCAACUUGCCAAAGAGAGUGAAUAUGGGGCAUGGGCGCUUUUCCAUGGCUACACAAUGAACCAUCUUGCUAUUGCGGUCCAUCGACUUAAACAUCGUUUCAGUGACAUUAAAUGUGUCGAAGAGUACUUCAAAGAAAAGGGAUUCGAACUCAACAAAGACGGAGGAGAUGUUCUCAAAGUGAGUGAAGAUGGUUUACUAUUACAAGUGUCGUUGAUGUCGGAGAAACACGAGGUUGAGUUUGCAGAUGGGGUAACUGAAACCAUCACGGCUUCAUACAUUGAGUUCGUCCAACGUCUAGUUCUUCCAGAGUUCAAAGAUGUACCCGGUGAUGAGAUCAAAGAAUUUCAUAGACGCGAGGGCCUCGAGCAAGCUAGCGCUUACCACAUAAUGGAAAGCACCCGUUUCACAGCGCAAGAUUAAAACCAGCUAGGCUUGUCUUGUUCUGCUCACUAUGCCAGUGUUGUGUAUCUUUAAUUUUCCGUAUGCUAUUUUUAGACCAUCUGCAUGUUAAAUCUAUAUGUUGUACUACUUCUCUUGUGAAGUGACGAUAACUUAUAUUACCUCUCAUGAUAGUUAUAGUUACCGAUGAAUAAUUGAAAACAGUGGUGAUGUUUUGGUGUGCAAUUUGUGGUGUAUUUGUGGUUCCAAAUUUUAAAUAUAAUAAUUUAUGUGAA